UCCAUCUGGUAGAGAUAAGAACUGCUUUCUACUUUUAAGUCAAGGUAUAACUCUUAAUGAUUUGAUAGCAACUUUUCACAGUUCCCAUAAAUAUUUCGCGAACAGCAAACGCCCAAAAAUGUUACGUGUAGUCAAUUCCUUGUUCAGACACCACUACCGGUUUGCGUCGUCUAUGCCGGCUCCGCAAACUAAUCCUGAAGUUUUGUAUACCGGUCUAUUUAUCAACAAUGAGUGGCAUAAAAGCAAAUCAGGAAAAAACUUUCCGACGAUAAAUCCAACUACUGGACAAGUCAUUGCUGAAAUCCAGGAGGCCAAUAAACAAGAUGUAGACAUUGCGGUGGCUGCAGCUAGAAAUGCAUUCAAAUUAGGAUCUCCAUGGCGUCGAAUGGAUGCUUCUGAACGUGGUGUUUUGAUUAACCGUUUGGCAGAUUUAAUGGAGAGAGAUAAAGUUUAUCUUGCGAGUUUGGAAACGCUGGAUAAUGGCAAACCUUACGCGAUGUCACUUAAUGCUGAUGUACCAAUGUCGGUUAAAAGUCUACGGUAUUACGCUGGUUGGGCCGAUAAAGUCCAAGGCAAAACAAUACCGAUGGAUGGCGACUACUUUGUAUAUACUAGACAUGAACCGGUGGGUGUUUGUGCACAAAUUAUUCCAUGGAAUUUCCCCAUUUUAAUGAUGGCCUGGAAAUUGGGUCCUGCUUUGGCAACGGGCAAUACAAUCGUACUGAAACCAGCUGAACAAACAAGCUUAACAGCUUUGUACAUCGCCCAAUUGACGAAGGAAGCUGGCUUCCCGGAAGGCGUAAUAAAUGUUUUGCCUGGUUAUGGAGAAGCCGGAGCAGCAUUGGCGUCACAUCGCGACGUUGAUAAAGUGGCCUUUACUGGAUCUACUGAAGUCGGAAAACUUAUUCAGCAAGCAUCUGGCAACAGUAAUCUAAAGAGAGUCACUCUAGAAUUGGGUGGAAAGAGUCCCAAUAUUAUCUUGGCGGACACUGAUAUGGAUUAUGCCGUGGAGACAUCGCAUUUCGGUCUUUUCUUUAACAUGGGUCAAUGUUGUUGCGCCGGAUCACGUACAUUCAUCGAAGAUAAAAUCUACGACGAAUUCGUUGAACGCAGUGCUGAGCGUGCUAAGAAACGCACCGUUGGCAAUCCAUUCGAUUUGAAUAACGAACAGGGUCCACAGGUCGAUCAGGAACAAUUGACCAAAAUUUUGUCGUUGAUUGAGAGCGGCAAAAACGAAGGAGCAAAGUUGGUUGCUGGAGGAAAACGGUAUGAAGGUUUGCCCGGAUAUUUCGUGGAACCAACAGUUUUCGCUGAUGUAAAAGAUAAUAUGACCAUUGCAAGAGAAGAGAUUUUCGGUCCAGUGCAACAGUUGAUUCGUUUCAAGAAUUUGGAUGAAGUCAUUGAACGUGCUAACAAUACUGAUUAUGGUCUAGCCGCAGCUGUCUUCACCAAAGACAUUGAUAAGGCUAAUUACGUUGUUCAAGGUCUCCGAGCUGGCACAGUUUGGGUGAAUGCUUACAAUGUGUUGGGCGCCCAAGCGCCAUUCGGUGGAUACAAGAUGUCAGGACAUGGCCGGGAAAAUGGCGAAUAUGGUCUGCAAAACUAUACGGAAGUGAAGAGUGUUAUUGUUAGAGUUCCACAAAAGAACUCAUAGGCGGUACGGAAACGAAUUUUCUACAUUUCUUUCUUUUUUGUAUCAAUCGUUUUUGAAGCAGUAAAAAGCUUUUCUAUGGCAAAAUAAUAAACUUUUUUUAUCUUUUCAA